AUGCAAAGAUUCCGCUUUGUAAGAAAACUUGGCAGAGGCACACAUGGCACAGCAUACCUGCUCAGAUCAACAGAUGGCACAGACAAGAUGCUUGUGUGUAAAUCAGUCUCAAUACCAUACAAAGCAUAUGCACAGCAAGAAAUAAAAAUACUAUCCAUGCUCUCACACAGACGAACAAUAAAACUCAUUGAAUCAUUCUCAACACACUCUGGAAUAUCAAUCAUACUGGAAUACCUCAACCAUGGCACUCUUGCAGAGACAAUCAGCUACUUGGUCAACAGGCGACAUAGAGCCACGAACUAUCUGAUAUGGUCUGUAAUGGCACAAAUAGCAGAUGCAUUACUUUAUCUGCAUCACAUGCAAAUUGCACACAGAGAUGUUAAACCUUCAAACAUAUUCGUUAACAUGGUUCUGAUUGGCAGCCAAGGGGUGCUUGAGUUCAAACUUGGAGACUUUGGUCUUGCAAAGAUGUGCUCACAGAUAUUGCCUGGUGAUGUAGUUGGGACUCCAUACUACAUGGCACCUGAGGUCAUCUCUAGAGAAGCAUACAACAACAGCGUUGAUGUUUGGGGGCUGGGUGUUUCAUUAUAUGAGCUAUCAGUGCUAGGAAAGCCGUUCUAUGGCAGUUCUAAAGACGAACUCUACAGCUCAAUAUUACAUGCAAGCAUCCAAUCGAGUAGCAUAUGCAGUAACAAAAAUCUCGACUUUUUGAUUAGAAAAUGUAUUAUGAAAAUCAACAGAAUAUCGAUACAAACGCUUUGCAAAAACAAAACCCUGAAAUAUCACCUGCGAAUACUUGAUUAUGAACUUCAUAACAGUUAUGAGUGA